AAUGGAUUGUAUUUAAAAUAAUUUCUUCUAACUUAUUCCUGUUCUCAAAUUUCGCUUAACAGUUUUGUAUGGAUCCCACCAAAGAUUAAAAUAGAAACACCCGGAAAACAGUUAUCAAAAAAUCAUUAAAAAAAUGUCUUCGACCCAAACUAACGACAAGCCUCCGAUUCCAGAAUCUGAAGAAGCUGCAUACUCUCCCACGGGCCCUCUAAUUCAAAGCUAUGCGGAACAUCACCAGCUUCAUAUGCACUCCAGGCAAGAGCAACAGAGCCACAGCUUUCACGCAUAUCAAGCACGUCAAGCCUUCAGCUCUGAAAGCAGGGAGCGUAAACUGUACGCUAUUGAAGAGCAACAGGAAGGCGAGCUUGAAAAGAGUGAGAAUAGGCAAGUUGAGGGAGUUGACAUUGCCUAUGAUGCUGAUGUUGAUGACGAUGGACCCGUGCAGAGUACUGCAGCUUCAUUGGUGAUCGCCUCGGAGCAGGGUGGAGAAGGUGUAGUUCCAUCGCAAAAAAAUUUCGAUGACAAAGAACAUAUAUAUGAGCUUUUCCAGCCCUGGGCAUUGAAGACAUACGGUGACUUGGCCAAGACCAAAACCAUAACCAUGAGAAAGAAGGUGCGCAUAUUAAAAGCUUUGGAAGGUAAGGAGCAUAGCCGACCGGAUAGUUCUAAAUUUCGUUUUUGGGUCAAAACAAAAGGUUUCACUACGAAACGCCCUGAAAGCUUUGAGGAUGCACCAUGUACUCAACGCCAUAAAAAGUCACUGCCGCCAAAUGCGGUACUCUCGGAAAAUCCAGCCGAUGUUGACCUCUAUGUGGCAUCCACAACAAAGGAUUUGGAGAAACGAACGUAUCGCAAAGUGGCCGUGGUGGAAGAAUUUUUCGAUAUCAUUUUCCAAAUUCACAUGGAAUUGGGUGGCAGAAGUGGAAUGCAUGCAGGACAAAAGCGCACCUAUAGAAUUAUUUCGGAGACCUAUGCUUUCUUACCCAGAGAAGCUGUUACACGCUUUCUCUCCAUUUGCCCAGAGUGCAAGAAAAAUCUACGUCCUUCUUCACCAUCGGCUCAUAACUUAAAAGACGAUCUGGGCGCUGCACAAAAUGAAAGCUCUUCAGAAGUUGAAGUCUUAAAUUAUUCUUCGCACACUGAAAGCUCUUUGGAGGCUGGUCCAACUACAAAACUCUCAACAAAAUCUACUUUACACACGCCUGGUGGAACUGGAGCCUUGCACUCGAUUUCAGUUCAACCCAAAAAACGCAGAUAUUCUCAUCCCGAUAAUAAUUCCAAAGCUUUUGUUUGCCCCACAGAGCAAGUAGCAGAACAUAGUUUGCCCAGGCGCAAUUCCAGUCCUUUGGUAGCACAGGCAACGGCACCCAAGCCGCUGUCGUUUGGCCAAGCGCAUAUACCCAAAAUUCGCAUUAACCCCAACUUGCAAAGACCUUCGACACCACCGGUAACAACCGAAGCCCACCCAUUUGUAACGCCCUAUCAAAGCUAUGGCUUUGAUUUUCAUUCUCUGAAAUCUCAAGACAGUCUAAUGCGUUACUAUGACUUCAUGCGUCGUCUCUAUGCGGGAAAUUUACCCAUGCCACAUGCAGUGUUGCCUCCUCCAAGCUCCCAAAAAGAAUCUUUGCCCUACCCCCAUAAAAGCAAACUCGCACACCUCCCUGCUCUGGGCAAAAAGUCGGCUCUAAAUGUACAUGAACCCAGUAUUUCCUCUUCCUCCGAAGACGAGGCCGAUAAUAGUAGUGUUGUCAAAGCGAAACGCUUUAAAAGCUCUGAAAAAACAAAAGCUUUGGAAUCAUUACCCAUGUCACUGCUCAUACCAACGAUCGACAAGGAUUUUGUACAGUCAACCCAAAUCCGUGCAAUUAAUCUCUCGAAAAAUUCUUCCCAUUUCAGUGUCCAAGGAAGGCCAUCGGUCGAUGAUUGCGCAAAGAAAACUGCAGCUACUCCUACACACAAGCCGCCUCCACCACAGAGUGAAAUUCAGGCGACUUCCACACCCAGCUCGGUAAAGCAGGAACCUCUAACUCCACCCAAAAGCUCAGCCUUGCCUGCCUUGCGAAUCCCCCAAUUGCGCACAAUAUCAAGCUUGCCGCCUUUGGAUUAUGAGCGACUGAAACCGAUAACCUCCACCUAUUUGCAAUUGACCCGCAGCAUGGGGUUAAGCGACGAGGAGGCGCUGCGAUUUGAUAAUUUGGAAGCCAUACCUCCUGCCACAACAACGGAUACAACCAACUCUUCUGAGACCAACACCGAAGCAGAUCCAUAUGCCGGCAUUAUGAAGGAUGCUGAUAAGCUGAAGCUUAUGCUUCUGGCAUGGAAUUAUCAGAAUUCAAAUGCGGCGCGCAAUGGUGCGGACGGUCCUGAUCUAAGUAUUGUUGGAGGACUUUGGGCCCAAUACCAAAGUGCUCUGGCGCAAAAUGCUGCUGCUUCAAACACUAAAUUGGAUGCCUCUUUGUCUCCUGUGCCGCGAGAAGGAAAUCCUUCGCCCAUGGAAGCUCAAGAUGAAACAAAUUCAUCCGGCCAGAAGGAGGAGGAUGAAGGCUCCGAAGACGAUUCAGAUGAUAAAAUUGACGAAAAACUAGCCUACUCGCAUGACCCAGAACGGCUUAAAGCUUUUAACAUGUUCGUGCGACUUUUUGUCGAUGAAAAUCUGGAUAGAAUUGUGCCGAUUUCCAAGCAGCCAAAGGAAAAAAUUCAAGCCAUUAUUGAUUCCUGUGCCAGACAAUUUCCCGAAUUUAGUGAUCGUUCCCGCAAACGCAUACGGACCUAUCUCAAGUCGUGCAGGCGCAAUAAGAAGACACGAGAUGGCUGGGAAAACACGACCCGUCCAACACCAGCUCAUCUGACAUCCGUACAGGCGGAGCAGAUAUUGGCCAUUGCGUGUGAAAACGAAUCUCUGAAUGCCAAACGGAUGCGCAUAGGCCUAGAACCGAUCACGCACGCCAUACCCGCUCCUGGAUCGGCCGUGGCCGCUGCGGCCGCCUUAUUGCACAACAACAAUAUCAAUAACAACAUCGCUGCGGCCACCACAAGUUCGGCUGCUUCUGUAGGUGGGGCCAGCACAUCUUCCACCGUUACAUCAGCCUCAGCCAACGAUGGGUCAAACGCUGCUAAUGCUGCCGCUCUACCAUUUGCCACAUGUACAGGGUUUGCGCGCUCCACGCCCAACUCGGAUGUCCCAGAGCCCCUGUCACUUGCACCCGCAGUAUCUGUGGCUGCUGCAGUCGCUUCAUCCAGCGCUGGCAGUGGUGGCAUGAAUUCAGCUCGCAGCUCUCCUUUAGCUCUAAGUUCCAACGCCAGCAUUACAGGAAUGGACAUAAAGCCCCUGACCACCGCCGCCUUAUCUAAUGGAAAUACGGCGAACAAUGCCGCUGCCACAUUGACAGGUCUGCCGGCAACAAGUCCCUUAUAUAGACCAACCGAUUUCACUUCUCCCACGACCGCUUCGCCCUUUGUGGCUGCUGCAGCAGCGGCAGUAGCUGGCCGAACGCAAACAUAUCCUACAUAUUUUCCGGGCGUUACAUCAUUAGGAAACGUGACUCCCACUGACCUCUCGAUGAAACCGUCUUGCUCUUCGGCCAUCACUUCAAACACCCCAAGCACAACCGUCAAUGUAAACAAUCAAGGAACCAACAACAGUGGCAGCGGCAUUAGCAGUUUAGCCACACUCAACCAACUCAAUGUCAACACAAACCUAAACAAUGGAAAUGUGGCGAAUACAAAUGCCUUGGCCACGGCCACUCACCAACUGCAGCAGCUGCAACAAGUGCAGCAGCAACAGCAGACUCAAGACCAACAACAACAACAGCAGCAGGGACUGAACGUUGUGAAUGCAAACAAUGGCAUGGAUGCCAAUGCGGUGCGUCCUCCACUGCUGCCGCACAAACUAAGUCCCAAUGAAAUCACUGCAGCACGCCAAGUCAUCUCCGCUUACAGAGAGAGCGCUGCUUUUCUUUUGCGAACCGCCGACCAAGUCGAGCAACUGCUUGUGCAGCAACAGUAAGUGUGGGUUUUAUCCAAAUGGAUGGAGCAAAUUUGGUCAUUGCAUUCGAAAUGAUGAUAAGGCGUAAGACAUCGUGGCAAUCCAAAACAUUGGAGCAGCUGAUGGAGGCGACAAAGGCGGCAGCAGCAACAAACCCUUCUACUUACUAAGUGUACUAGACAUUUCAACUACAGCAACAGGCAGCAGCAAACAUGCAGAAUUCUUCCGUUUUUAAACUACCAGCAAACCUAGUUUCGUAAGAUCUCUGCCACAUGGGGGCCGGCAGAUGAAUGGUGAAGCCCCGGCAGCGGCAGUAGCAGCAGGAUGGUUCCUAUUAACCCAUAAAUAACUCUACUUAACCGAAUAUUAACAAACAUAAAAUAGCCAAAUAUGAAUCACUCUUCAUGCCUACUAAAUCAACAACUACCCCUACCAUACCCAAAACAACUACAACAACAAAUAGUCAAUAUUAACUAAAGAAAUAAUAACCAAACACAAUCAAUUAGAGAGUCAUUCCUCCAUGUUAGUCGAAAUCAGCGUCAAUGUCAAACUCAAAUCUGACAUUUGCGUUAACGACACCCGCAACAGCGCUGAGAAGCGGCAGCAGUCAAAAAACAGCCAACCACUAACCUAAUCCAGCAAAACAUAAGAAGAAGAAAAACAAAAGACACAUAGAAUUUUAUGCUACCACUACAUAAAAAAUAGAACAUAUACUUAACUAUUUCAUCUACAUACAAGCAUACAUAUAUUAUAACAGCAAACAAUAGUGUUGAUAUCAAACAACCCUUCCAACCCUCCCAGCCCUCGUACGACCACAUAUAUUUCUCGUUUCCGGUUUACACACAGACAGAUUCAUUCCGACCAUCGGUCUGAUCUCCACUUUCUCUCUCUCUCUCUCUCUCCCAACCCGAUAUGUGUUUUUCUCUUCUUUUUUUAGUUUUGUUUCAUUUUUGACAGUGAGCACAAACGAAAAGAACUGUUGUAAAUUAUUAAGCAAGAAAAAUAAUUCUUUAUAAAUACACAAACACAUAUACAACUUAAAUACUUUUUAAGCCAAUCAUUGAUAUAACAUUUUAAGAAAUUAUUAAGAACAAGUACUACACAGGGUGAUAUAAAAAAAUAUAUAAAUAUUAGCACACACUCAUUUAUUUAUCUUAGACAUCAAACGGCGGCAACCAUUGCUGCAGGUAAACUUCUGAAUUUCUAUCCAUUUCGAUUUUCCAUUUUUUACCCCCCUUCUCUCCCUUCCCCUUCCCCAGAAAAGAGAAAAAAGCAGCAUUGUUUUGAAUUUACUGAACUUUAAAAAAUAAAAUAAAUCCAAAUGCAAGAAAGCUAAAAUGAAACAACAAUACAACUCGACACACACACCUAUUCAAAUAUGUAAUCAAAAUAAUAUUGAAAAUAUGCCACAAAGUUAUUGAAUUUUUAAUUUUUAAGAUCUAUUAUUAUGUAAAUUUCCAUAGAAAACAAGUAAAACAAUUGACCCCCCCCCCCCCCCUACCCCAUGGAAGACCCCAAUUCGAUUUUAACUGUGAACUCCAUAGGACAACCAGGCGAAAGUGAGGAGCAUGAUGGCUCCAAACACGCCUUGCUAACUUAAAACGCAGAAACCACUCGAUAUUUGUCAAAUAUUUAAAUAGUAUUAAAAAAAAAAUAAA